GGGGAGUGAUUCUCCAUUAUUGUUUGUCAUGGGGGGUGUUGGAAAUGCAAGAAUUCAGAGAAGCUAGUGGGUGGUGGGUGGUGGAUUCAAGCGCUGGGAGCGCUGAGGGUAAGGGCGGGAGAAAGGGGCCAAGGGGACUCAAGGGAAGGGAGGUUAGGUGGUGGCAGUGGUGGGCAACCGCUGUGAAGCGCUGGCCCCCUACCCUACGUGGUCUUCCGCAUCGAUGGUCCUGGCCUGGCAUGGCCUGGUCCCCACUAUCCCUGAACGAUGAGAAAGAACCCAUUGGAUCUCAGGGAGGUGCGGAUGGAGGGUUCCCCCUGCUGGAGGCUGCAGAAUGGCGGUCCUGUUUCAAGCAACGCGGGGGGUCGGAUUGGGUGGGGUCUUGGAAGGGAGCGCUUAAUUUAUUUUUGAAAAGGUUUGCGAAGGGUGGCCCCGGGUGGAUGGUUAAGCCGAUCUGUCUGCGUCCGGUGAAGGGGUAUCGGGCAGCGAAAGGGGUCAAAGUGUCGAAGCUAGCCAAGGAUCUCCACUCUGCGUGUAGUUUAGCGUCCCAAGAAGAAAUGUCCUUCGGCGUUUAGCUGUAAUCUG